AUGGCGACUAUUGGUGGUUAUCUUAACAAGAAAGUCUUGAUCGUCACCGCGGACUCGACAAUACUGGUCGGCACACUUGUAGCAUGCGAUAAUUCUACAAAUCUGGUUCUCAGCGACUCUACGGAACGAAUUAUCCGGACACCAGACGAUCCCGAGCCAUCCAUCGAAGAGCCACGCGGCGUAUAUCUCGUACGAGGUGAUAAUGUAUGUACGAUCGGCUUAGUGGAUGAGAAGCUUGACGAAAGUAUAAACUGGACAGAGGUUAAAGGAGCUGCCAUUGGAACCACGAAGCACUUGUAG